GUCAUCGAAGUGAUAUGGAUUCUACUCAAGAAGAUGAACUAGUUUAUGCACAUACACGAAACGAAGGGUUUGGUGAAGAAGUUAAACGUCAUAUUUUGUUAGGAACUUAUACAUUAACUGCGGGGUAG